CGGCUCUGCCUGACAGGCUUGGAAGUCACAGUCGACAGUGAGAUUUCAAUAGAACUUUGUGGGGGUUCCCUUGCACAACUACAGCCUCCUCUCCAGUAGGGGUCACUGUGGUGUAGACAUCGACCGCUCCCCACUCUUCUGUCAUCUAUAAAACCUCCGCGAAAAGGGUGUGCGUUUUGAAGGUUGAAUUUCAGUUUGCGGAUCAUUUCAAACUAAACAGCUCGAUCGCCGUGACAGCAUCACGAGGAGACUGCGCGCGGGAUGCGUUCAAGAUGGUAGCAAAUUGAGUGUCUUGCGCCCCGUCAGGCAUCGUCCGAGUUCAGAGGUCUUGUCUAGUCUUGUUGGGACAGGGCUCGCGCAUAACGAAGGCUGCAGGGAAUAUGCGAAGUUGACAUUUUUCCGGAUACUUAUAAAUAUGCAGCGUGACAGCUCUGUGUAUUUAUCUGAAGGUCAUUAUUGAUCCGUUGUCCUUUAGUUGGAUACGUUUCUUGGCUAGUAGGAGCUUCAGGAUGCGACUGUCGAUUUUUGUUCGCCAGCAUCUGCAAUGACCCCUUCAAGAGAGGACGUUCCUACGGCGACAGUCUGAAGACAAACUUAUCAAUUUGAAGUGGGAUUCUGAGCACACGUUUCCUAGCAUCUAGGUCGAGUAUGUUAAGUGGAAAACAUUGUUUUCCAGCUGUGUAGCUCACGGUUCACCCUGAACGUUUCCUGCUUCACCUGAAAAGGACUCCACAGACCGCUAGCCGCAGUCUGCUAGUCCGGCUCGGUCUGCUCCGUGGGUUCUACCGGAGACCCAUCACAAGUUUGACCGGAAUAUGUGUAGUAUUACAAGCAGUCACCACUUCAUUUGCUUCGUCUAUAAGUUUUGACGCCAACUACUACCAUGACUACUAGUUACAUGUCAGACAGCCGCUCCGGCUACGGCAAAAGUUUCGUGAGACUGUGGCUGCUGGUGCUGCUGGUGUUCCUGGUCCUCGGUACCGUGUUUCCUCUGGGCGCUGCCAGAUCGCCCGACACCAGCGCCUUUGACAGCUCUGCGGGACCGGACCACCGGGGCCAAGACCCCAACCUUAACCACACACAAAAAAAGGCGUUUCCAGUACUGGGUGUGGAUUACCCCCAUAUACGCAUUCCUUUCGAGAUCUCGCUAUGGGUGCUGCUGGCAUCUUUAAUGAAAUUGGGUUUCCACCUGAUCCCCCGCCUGUCCUCCAUCGUGCCUGAGAGCUGUCUCCUGAUCGUGGUGGGGCUGCUGGUGGGGGGGCUGAUCCGGCUGGCGGGGGAGAAAGUCCCCCCCGUGCUUGACUCCCAGUUCUUCUUCCUGUGUCUGCUCCCGCCCAUCAUCCUGGAUGCCGGCUACUUCCUGCCCAUCCGGCCCUUCAUGGAGAACGUGGGCACCAUCCUGAUGUUUGCUGUGGUGGGAACUCUGUGGAACGCCUUCUUUGUGGGCGGGCUGCUGUUUGGGGUGUGCCAGAUCCGAGGCACCAACCUGGGCCAGGUGGAGCUGCUGCCCUGCCUGCUGUUCGGGUCCAUCAUCUCAGCCGUGGACCCCGUGGCCGUGCUGGCCGUGUUCGAGGAGAUCCACAUCAACGAGCUGCUGCACAUCCUGGUGUUCGGGGAGUCCCUGCUCAACGAUGCCGUCACCGUGGUGCUGUACCACCUGUUUGAGGAGUACUCAGGUGAAGGCACGGUCACCAUGAUGGAUGUCUUCCUGGGUGUCAUCUGUUUCCUGGUGGUGUCGCUGGGCGGGGUGCUCGUGGGCGCCAUCUACGGGCUGCUGGCGGCCUUCACGUCCCGCUUCACCUCCCACACGCGCGUCAUCGAGCCGCUGUUCGUCUUCGUGUACAGCUACAUGGCCUACCUGUCAGCUGAGGUGUUCCACCUGUCUGGCAUCAUGGCACUGAUUGCCUGUGGAGCCACAAUGCGUCCCUAUGUGGAAGCCAACAUAUCCCACAAGUCCCACACCACCAUCAAGUACUUCCUGAAGAUGUGGAGCAGCGUGAGCGAGACGCUCAUCUUCAUCUUCCUGGGCGUGUCCACAGUGGCCGGCCCGCACGCCUGGAACUGGACCUUCGUCACCGCCACCGUCAUCCUCUGUCUACUGGCCCGGGUCAUAGGUGUGGUGGGCCUCACCUAUGUGAUCAACAAGUUCCGCAUCGUGAAGCUCACCACCAAGGACCAGUUCAUCAUCGCAUACGGAGGCCUGCGGGGAGCCAUCGCCUUCUCCCUGGGGUACCUGCUGGACGAGGUCCUGUUCCCCAUGAGGACCAUGUUCCUCACCGCCAUCAUCACCCAGAUCUUCUUCACCGUCUUUGUACAGGGGAUGACCAUUCGGCCGCUGGUGGAUCUACUGGCUGUCAAGAAGAAGCAGGAGACCAAACGCUCCAUCAACGAGGAGAUACACACCCAGUUCCUGGACCACCUGCUGACAGGGAUAGAGGACAUCUGUGGGCACUACGGACACCACCACUGGAAGGACAAGCUGAACCGCUUCAAUAAAAAGUAUGUGAAGAAGUGUCUGAUCGCAGGCGAGCGCUCCAGAGAACCGCAGCUCAUCGCCUUCUACCACAAGAUGGAGAUGAAGCAGGCCAUCGAGCUGGUGGAGAGCGGGGGGGGAGUCAAGCUGCCAGCCGCCACACCUGCUGCUGUCUGCAUGCAGAACAUCCACCCUAAGAAGCCCCCCGCUGAGCGGGCGCUGCCUCAGCUGUCGAGGGGCCGUGAGGAAGAGAUCAGGAAGAUCCUCAGGGGCAACCUGCAGAAGACCAGACUGAGGCUGCGCUCCUACAACAGACACACCCUGGUGGACCCAUACGAGGAUGGCUGGGGAGACUUCCUGCUCAAGAAGCAGAAGAUGAUCGACCUGGAGAAGAGGAUGACAGAGAUGAGUAACUACCUCACCGUGCCAGCAGCCCCACCUGACUCCCCCACCCAGUGCAGAGCACGCCUGGCCUCAGACCCACAGGCCUACAGUCUGAACCCGUCCGACAGCGUGCCCACCAUCCAGGUGGACCUGGCUUCUCCCCAGUCCCCCGACUCCGUCAACAUGCUGGACGAGUUCCACAGGCGGGGGGGCCAGGGGGGGCAGGGGGAGAGCUGGGGAGGUGCCAUGAAGCCACCUGUUCCAGGAGGUGGGAAGCAGGGGGAGGGGGGGGAGGCGUCAGAGGGAGGGAAGGAUCCCCAGCGGAUGGUCCGGUGUCUGAGCGACCCAGGACCCACCGGAGACGAGGACGAAGAUGAGCCCUUCCUCCCCUAGCCCCGCCCCUUCCUCCCCUAGCCCCGCCCCUUCCUCCCCUAGCCCCGCCCUGGUGUCUGAGCGACUCAGGACCCACCGGAGACGAGGACAAAGAUGAGCCCUUCCUCCCCCGGCCCUUCCUCCCCUGCCCCGCCCCUUCCUCUCUUAGCCCCGGGCCUUCCUGUUCUAGCCCUGCCAAUCCCUGCCCUGGCCCACACUUCCUGUCCUAGUCCCUCCCUUCCUGUCACAGCCCCGCCCCUUCAUGUCCUAGCCCCUCCCUUUCUGCCAUAGUCCCUCCCUUUCUGCCCUAACCCUGCCCCUUCUUGUCCAAGCCCUGCCCCUUCCUGUCCAAGCCCCGCCCACAAGGUGACAUGGGAGGGGCUUAGCUCAGGCAGAGACAGGAAAUAGAGCCAUGCAUCCAGGACAUCACCGGGUGUGUUCAGCUCUUAAUGUGUUACACCCACACUCUGCAACCUGCCCCCUGAUCACUUACUUAUGGAGCAGACACACAUAGUUAUGUAGUUAUCUAUAGUUGUAUAUAUUUAUAUAGCUAUAUGCUAUGAUGUCACUCUCAGAUGAACGUUAAGAAGAGGACUAAUUCAUGGACAGGAACCAGAAGCGGUUUCUCAGUCAUUGGAAAUGCAAUCUGAUAAACUGUUGCUUCUGAAAGAGAACGUUGCCUUAAGUUGCGUCACGCCUUUGAUCAUCCCUGUCACUUAGGUGCAUUUUAUCACAGAGAAACGUAUUUUUCAUAUUUAUUUUAUGAACAUAUUUAUCUUCAGGGGUAAACUGUGUCUCUGUCUCACUGACCUGUCUGCGUAGCUAGGCUCGUCCAGGAAGUGAGCAGAGCUCCACUUCCUGUUUGGACCUGGGUGUUUCUCCCUCUGACCCUGACCUCUGGGUCAGGCAGGCACAGACUAGAAGAUAACCUUUGACCUGGAAGCAGUUUCUCCAGCUGCUGUGUUCCAGGGAGCUCUGGAGCCUUCCUCAGGUCCAGGACAGAACUCUGCGACGCUCUGCCAUCUACGACGCUCUGAGUCAAUCCACCCUGGAAGCCAAUCACUAGUCACUCCAAAUAUGUUUAAUUGUUGUUGUCAUGUUACAUACCGUAUGUCUCGUACUGUGGGGGCCAGCGCUGGUGUCGGUCUCCUCCAGGGGGGCGGGGCCAGAACUAGACCCUAGACCACUAAUUACACAGCUGAUGCUAUGACACAGCAAAGACUCCAUAACAGCUGACACAGGCACGACACAGCAGAGACUCCAUAACAGCUGACACAGGCACAACACAGCAGAGACUCCAUAACAGGUGACACAGGCAUGACACAGCAGAGACUCUGACACAGGUGACACAGGCAUGACACAGCAGAGACUCUGACACGGGUGAAGUACAGCAGGCACAACACAGUGAAAUCUCCUGUACAGCAUUAUGAGAUGUGAAUCGCCACGUGGAGCGUAGCCCCUUUAAAACAGACGUCCCAUGCUGCUGCAAGCGGCAUCCCUCAGACCCAGACAACACGCUGAGCUAGACACAGACAACAUGUCUCCUUUAUACCACAGGAACCUAGAGAUACUGCAUCUGUCACCCUGUACAGUGUGUGUGUGGUGUCUGCUGUACAGUACCAUAGUCUUUAUACACAGCCGUAGAACUACAGUGGUAUGAUGUUGUGAUGAGGGUGACGAGGGUGAUUGUUGAUCACCUGUUACCUGGGACUUUUUAGGUGUUCAUGAGGUUUGUUUUGAUUUCAAUGCGUUCAGGGAAGCACAGCCACUCAGGCCUGGGAGUCAGAAUAGGGAGGGGGGGAGGGUGGGGGGAGAUGGUGAACCAGAUGUGAGUGGGACAUGGGAGGGUGGGGGGAGGUGGAGAGGGAGGACAUAGAAGCAGAUAGGUAAAACCAGGCUUGAGUGAUGUCACUUCCUGUCAUCGGCCCCUCUACUGUGUGUAAUUUAAAGACGUAUUCAUUUGAUUGUACACCAUGGUUUAACGCGGAGCCAUAGACACCUGCUCUGGAUGUUAAGCACCUUCACAGCCUGUUCCUCCAGCAUGUCAGCACCUCCUUAGUGUUCACUCAUGUGGCUCUUUGGAGAUUACUUCCUGGUUUAAAUGUAAAUGACCAAUGGAGGAGAGUGGACAUCGUGAUGUCAUCCAUGACUAUGUCAAACAGUUGAACCAUUUCUGUUCAGUUACCUGGUUUACAUUUAAACUGGUUUAACCUUGCACACUCAUGAACCACGGUUCAACCAAACACGAAUGUUUGUGUUCACUUGUAAUGAUUAACCACGGUUCAACCAAACAUAAAUGUUUGUGUUCAUUUGUGAUGAUUUAGCAGUUCUCGAUUGUUUCUCUGACGUCUGUCUUGGCUCAUCAGAAGUGUCUUCACAGAACAGCCACGAGAAUGAUGUUGGUCCUGCCGGCCUCCUGCCGGCCUGAUACACUUUAUGCUUCACUUUAUGUCAAAUGCUUUACAUCGGUUCAUAUGCUUUACAUCGGUUCAUAUGCUUUACAUCGGUUCAUAUGCUUUACAUCGGUUCAUGUGCUUUACAUCGGUUCAUGUGCUUUACAUCGGUUCAUGUGCUUUACAUCGGUUCAUGUGCUUUACAUCGGUUCAUGUGCUUUACAUCGGUUCAUAUGCUUUAUUUUAGUUCCAAAAGGAUCUUGGUUCUAAUGCUUUAUUUUGGGUCCAAUGCUUUUUUAUUAUUAUUCAAAUGCUUUAUUUAGGUUCAUGUGCUUUUAUUUGUAUUUGAAUGCUUCCCAUGGGAUCAAGAAUAACAGCUUAAUGUUCAGGUGCCCUACACCAGGUGCUUCUGUGUUCCUCAGUUGGCUUUGUGCUUGUGUGCGUCACAUAAGGUGAUCUGUCUGUGUCUCCGCUUCAUGUUGCAGUCACCACCCUCUCUUCAGUCCGCCCUGGGUAGUCAUUAUGAGUGUAACUUGAUAGUGUCGUGAAGACAGGACUGCUCAGCCUAACUCUGCGAUGUGUCCAGUCAUCACAUCAACAGGAUUGUUAAAUCUCCGUAUGGAUAAGACGUGUUCAUGUAGGACCUGUCGACCAUGUGAUGAUCUGCCGCAUGAUUUGACCAAUGAGAUUGUAGUUUCAGACAGGUGGUGUUGCUGUCCAGCUGAGCUAGGAUCAGGGUGUGUUGAACACUGAGCGGUUGUAACUUCCUGUUCCUCUCCUGAAGACACGGUGGGUCGAGCAGCAUCCUGCAGCCCAUCACCACCUGCUGUGGAGCCAGACCAGCAUGGGCCUGGAAGCAUCAGCAUGUUCACUAACCACGUCUGUCUGCACCAGCCACCCCUCCCUCCCUCCCUCUAUCAUCAGCUCUUCUCUAAACACCAGUUCUCACAUCCUUCAGCUCUACAUUCAUUCAUGUUAAGAGCAAUAAAUUAGUGUUCUGUGAAAAACAUUUUCAAAACUACUUGGAGACAUCCAGGGGGAGCGUUAAGCCUAAAGCCCAGUCUGGAAUGGCCCAGUCUGGCCUGGUAUGGCCCAGUUUGGCCUGGUAUGGCCCAGUCUGGCCUGGUAUGGCCCAGUCUGGUAUGGCCCUGUUUGGCCUGGUAUGGGUGAGCCUGGUGACCAAUAACCAGGUGAUUCUGGGAUGUGUUGAUUCUACAGACGAGACGCAGGACUGUUCAUGUCUGGUCCUGGUGGGACGUGCUGGUGGGAUACUGUUCACUGUCCUCUUUGUCUCCCUCUCGUCUGACGUCUUGUCUCGUUUUUUUGCUGUUUAAUUUCUUGGCUAAAUUAUUUGUUGAUCAUUUGCAAAUGUGUCGUUUGCAAUAAUAGUAAAUAAUAGUUUUAUUUUAUAUACAGUCGAAAAAUAUAUAAAUGAAUACUAUACAAAUCUAUAACGGUACUGUACAAUCUGAAUCCAUGACACUAUGUCCACACUGUAGAUGUGUUUAGCUUCUGCAUUCCAACCCUGUAUUUUAACUAACAAUCUGUAAUCUAAAAAUAAAACUACAUACCAAAUUAAAAGUUUUACUUUAUCACAA